CGCGUCUGUCCACACCACUCUGACCUUCCAUCAAAGCCACCAUCUGGGGCCACCCACGCACACAAUUGGCGCCCGUAAAGACCACACGCCAAUUCUGCCAUUCUAGCACGCACAAGCAGGUUACUGCAUCCGAAAUCAUGGCCGCUCCUUCAUCUCCAAUCACGUAUCCGCCGAGCUCGUCACCCGCGAUUCCUCCGAAGCGACCUUUUCGAGAUGACUACCAGAAACCGACAAAGCCCAAGGCAAGAGGAGGCUUCAUCAUGGAGGACUCAGACGAGGAGGACGACCUCCCUCAGCAGCCAAGCCCAAAACGAAUAAUGCUUAACGAUCCAAGGGUGCCUUCAGACCUAAUCGCAGACAACACGGAAACGCAAAAUCUCCCCACUCCUUCGGAAAUCAGUCCAGCAGAAGUCGAAAAUGUGCCCACACAGACACCAGAGGCUCAGCCGCGGGACGCAAUCGCCGUGGAUGAAGAGGAAGAAGCUCGCUACGCCCGGCUGUUCAGUCGAAAGGAGGCAGAGGCGGACACCCGCGCUCCCAUGCGGAUUGGGAGGGAUGGAUAUGCAUUUGUCACUUGCUCGGGCAAGUCCGAUGGUGUCCUGAAGCGCACGACUACGACCAGGGUCGAUUACAAGGAUAUGGUCGCCGAGCGGUCGAGGACGAAAGAAGGUCGGGCAAAGCGCGCAUACUUUGGCAUCGACAUCCACAAACUCAUGGGGGACGCGACCAAGGAAAUAGAAGCCUCGAAGACGAAGUCGCCACCAAGUCAUACGAAACCGGUCGUCGAGUCAGUGGAAGACGCAUCCUCGAACCUCAGACGGCCGAGGAAGACCAUGCUGUGGACGGAGAAGUACCGCGCGCGUAACUUCAUCGACCUGGUGGGCGACGACCUCACCAACAGGCAGGUCUUGCGCUGGCUGAAGCGCUGGGACACCAUCGUCUUCCCGAACUCAGCUCGACCGAAGCAUGCUUCAGCGAGGAAACAGGGCGCGCAGCAACAAGAGGAGGAAGAGAGACAACACAGGAAAAUCCUCAUGCUGACCGGACCGCCUGGAUUAGGAAAGACGACACUCGCACAUGUAUGCGCGCGGCAAGCUGGGUACGAGGUCAUCGAGAUCAAUGCAAGCGAUGACCGGAGUAAAGACGUCGUCAAGGGGCGGAUCAGGACAAGUCUGGGCACGGAAAGCGUCAAGACGGUCGAGCACGCGAAGCCAAAACCUGGCGCCAAGAUCAAGGUUGCCCGCCCAGCUUGUGUCGUGGUGGACGAAGUGGACGGUGUCACAGCCGGCUCCGGGGCCUCGGGAGAGGGUGGUUUCGUGAGAGCUUUGAUCGACCUGGUCAUGACCGACCAGAAGAACAGCUCCGGAGCCGCAGGCGCAGCAGCGGCGCGGAAGAAAAAGAAGGGCGAUGACUUCCGUCAAAUGAGACCUCUGAUUCUCAUCUGCAACGAUGUGUAUCACCCGUCGCUGAGGCCUCUGCGACAGUCAGGCCUAGCAGAAAUCAUCCGCAUAGGAAAGCCAUCCGUGGACGCCGUAGUCGGCCGACUGAAGGCAGUCUUCGAGAAAGAAGGGAUACCUUGCGAGAAGGAUGCUGCACGGAAGCUUUGCGAAUCGGCCUGGGGUAUGUCAAAUGCACUGGAUGCCAAGAAAGGCGCCGAGAGUGCCGCAGAAGGCGACCUGAGAGGGGUGAUGGUCGUAGGAGAAUGGGUUGCCGGCAGGCUCAAGGCCCAGCAGUCGAAAGGCCCGCUGCAACUCACGCGCCAGUGGGUCGAUAAGAACAUCGUCCAAGAAUUGCAGCACGGCGGCGGCGGCGCCCGUGGACUCGGCCGGGGAGGCGUCAAGGAGAUUGUCAGUCGUGUAUUCCAAGAGGGCGCCGGGUUCCCCCGCCAGGCCGAUGUGAGCACGAGCAAGAAGACACGGCACGAACAACCACAGGCCCAACUGGGCUUCACCGAGCACUUGAAGAAGCAUGCCAUCGAACGGCUGCGAGAAAUGGUGGACACGAGCGGCGAGGUGGAUCGUAUCCUGACCGACGUCUUCUCCGAGUAUCCCAACCGGGAGUUCAACGACGACUCCUAUCUCUCGAAGCCGACCGAGGCCUACGAGUGGCUCAGCUUCCAUGAUGACUGUUCGUCACGGCUCUACUCCAGUCAGGACUGGGAACUCGCGCCCUACCUCAGCCAGCCGGUCCUGGCAUGUCAUCACCUCUUCGCCAGCCCGCACCGACCACACGCCAACACAGGAUACGACAAACAGUGGCGGGCUGCAGAAGGCGAUCUUGGGGCCGAGGAAGCGCCGCUGCCCUUCACCGGGCCUCGUGCCGACUACACUGCGCACGAGACCAUAAAGCAGAACCGCGCGCUGCUGCAAGGACUCCAGGGCCAACUACCGCCCACCUUGAUGCGGGCUUUCCGGAGCCCCGAGGAUAUCGCGACAGACUUCCUGCCAUACCUAGUCCGACUGGUCUCUCCGGACGUCAAGCCCGUAGUCGUGGGCGGCAGUGGCGACAAGGGCACAGUCGCAAGCGUGCGACGCGAGUCCGAGAAGAACAUGGUCAAGAGAGGAGCCGAGGUCCUGGCCGAAGUGGGCAUCGCCCUGGUGAAGGGCAAGAUAGAGGACUCCAACCCCUCGAUGGCGGGCCGGACACAGUGGGUGUACCGCAUGGACCCUGACCUCGACAUGCUCUCCACCUUCGAGACGGCAGGCGCCCACGUCCUGGCCGCACAGAUCCCGGUCCGCUACGCGGUCCGCCAGGUCCUGGACCAGGAGCUACAAAAGACGAUCGCGCAGCGCGAGAACGCCGCGCGCCAGGCGCGCUGGCGGGCCGGCAUGGCGGAGGGCCAGCACCACGAUCACGACCACGCGCUGCUGCCGCCCCACGACGACAAGGAGAAUGCUGCAGCUGGUGGGCGCAAGGCCCUCCCGAUCAUGCCCGCCGUUGUCAAGAGGGACUUCUUCGGGCGCGUGGUCGUGGAGAAGCCGCUGGCUGAGGUUGAUGGGAACGGCGGGCAGCAGAAGAGGGGGGCGCAGCAGGCGGCUGACAAGGGGGAGAAUAAGGUCUGGGUUACGUAUCAUGAGGGUUUGAAUAAUGCUGUGAGGAAGCCUAUUACCCUGGAGGAGUUCCUGAGGGGGUUCUGAGGCGUGAAUCGGGGUCAUACUUGGGGGUUGUCUCCUUGGAUGGUACUGCAUUAAGUGGUGUUGUCAUAUUGCAUUUGGAUUUUGUCACGAAUAAUACCACUACACUAUUCGUGGAAAA